GGCAGCGGAAGUUUCCCACAUGAAAUAUGUCUGCGCCCUGUGUUGUCCCCGUGCCCUGUGAGAUACAGUAAUCCCGGCUGAAAGCGGCAAAUAACAUAUUACCAAUGUUAUACUAAUGCUGAAGGAACUUUUAUGUAACCAUGUCCAUGCUUAGGCGAAGCAGAAAUCUUAUUCUAGCUAUCCGUCCUGCAAGUACCUCUACCAAUGCUCAGACUUCACAAGUGCAUGAAAUAGACACAGAAGAAAAUGCAAUUGUAAACCCAGAUUUCACCAAUAGGAACCCUCGGAAUUUAGAGCGCCUUGCACUAGCAGUUAAAGAUCGAGGUUGGGGCACUGUCUGGCCAACAAGGCAAUAUUGGCAUAGGCUACGUCUGGAACGCAGCGGGCAUCAUGUAACUGCAGUGGUGGAACAUGCUAAUGGAAAUGUUGUACUCUCUGCCUCCACCAGAGAAUGGGCGGUGAAGAAACAUCUUUACAGCACAAAAGACGCCAUGGCCUGUGAGAAUAUAGGUAGAAUCUUGUCUCAACGUUGCCUAGAGGCAGGAAUACAUUACAUGCUUUUUCGGGAGAUCCCCUGGGUGUUUCGCUGCGAAUCGGUGCAAAGGUUUCGAACUGCAAUGGUUGAUGGAGGAAUACUGUUAACUGAACCUCCACGCAUUUAUGAAUAACAUCGCAUAGUGGAUUCUUUUCAGUUCUGCGACACCAAAAAGACAAUUUUCUGGAAAACUUUUUUUUUUCCUCUCUAAAUAAUCUUUGUAUUAUACUUUGUGUAGAGUUCUAAUAAAAGAGUCAAUAAUGAAA